CGUCUUUGAAAAUAUUUCUCCAGAUAAUUUCAGAUGUUAGGUCCUGUUUCUUGGGAAUCAAGCACCACCAUCAUUGGUGUUUGUGACGACAUAUCUCAGGCGCUGUCCCCACGUUUUCUCUACAGUGUUUCCUUUCUUCCGUCGUAUUUUUCUUGUGCGCAAGUCCCUCUUUAUUGCCUAGAGAUUGUUUCUUCUCCCACUCUAUUUUCCCCAUACUGCUGUUCAUUUGGGUGAGCCGAUUCCUGCCUCUUAAUUGCUGCAGAUAUCAUGCCAAGAAAUUCUUUCCCCUCUUCCCGCUCUCUCAUCAACUUCUUCUCCUUCUUCUUCUUCCCGUUCGUGCUUGUUUCACUUCAAAUCCCUUCUUCACACUCAGUUACGUCAAUACAUAGCAAAGUUGUCCCACCCUUGUUUGUCUUUGGGGACUCCUUUCUUGACAAUGGUAACAAUCUCCAACUGAAGAACCCGAGCGUGCAUUUUGACUUCCUGCCUUAUGGGGUGGACUUCCCCAAGGGGCCUAGUGGGAGGGUCACUAAUGGCAGAAAUCCAGCUGAUAUCUUGGGUCAGCUGUUGGGCAUCCAUGACUUCCUUCCUGCUGCACUGGAUCCUGAAACCAGAGGAAAGAGGGUUCUUGCUGGUGUCAAUUAUGCCUCUGGUGGGUCUGGGAUUCUUGAAAUGCAUUGUGAACAUUCCAGGUGUAUACCAGUGGCCCAACAAAUCAAGAUAUUCGAAGACGUGACAUUACCAGAUUUGAGGUCCCAACUCAACAGCAGCCAAGUCUCUGAGCUGCUAUUCAAGGGUAUAUUCCUCUUCAGCUCCGGAGGUAAUGAUUGUUACAAGAUGUGCAUCAAAUCUACUCAGAGCAAACAUUGUGUAACAGAUGAGUCCCUGCAUAGCCUUAUUGAAGAUUACAUUCAAGAACUCAAGAACUUGUACGAUUUGGGAGCUAGAAAGUUUGUGUUGAUCGGUCUGCAACAAUUGGGGUGCGUCCCCCAUCUAAGGGAGAAGGAAGGAACAUGCUUUGAAAAGAUGAACCACGCAGCUGCAUUGUUCAACGCACGGCUUAGAUCUUCCAUAGAUCGCAUGAAGCAGGUGAUGCCUGGAUCACAUGUGGUUGUAGUGAAUACGUACAACAUCAUCGGAGAUAUUUUAGAUGAUCCAGCAGCUAAGGGGUUCAAGGUGGUGAACGAGAGCUGCUGUCCGCGGUCAGCUGCAACAGAGCAGACGAUGUGCGAGAAAGGGGGGAACCCCUGCCUGGAGAGGGACAGCUACCUCUACUUUGAUGGGGCGCACCUAACAGAGGCUGGUUAUAAGCAGCUAGUGGAGAGAGCCUACUUGUCACAGCUUCAAGAGGUAGUCUAUCCUUAUAAUGUGGAACAUCUUGCUUAUGAGAUCGGACUGCAGUUUCCCCCUGCUUCACAUAUCUCUGCUCUGGAAGAACUGCGCUAAGGUUAGUACAUAGAUGCCAUUCUUUUCCAUAAGUUGGUAUCAGGCAGGUUCCUGCUAAUUUAGUUUAGUAGAGAGCUUCUUGAAUGUUAAAACUCUGGAACUCUUUCAGCUUGAAUGUCGAGAGGAGUUGCUCUUGUUAGAAAAUGAGAGCUUCACAUUGGCAAUUAAAGUUGUUUAUGAGCGGUAUACUUAAUGAUACACUAUGACAAAUAAAUAAGUGGAUCUUCUCCACUAGUAAUUAUGUUUCUAAUUUAAGAAAAUAGUACGUGUUGAUGUA